CUAGCCGCCGGGGACGCUGCUGUAGUUGGCGUCUCUCUCAGUCGGCUACGGGCUGGUAGUCGGGGUCGGUUAUGGCGGAUUUCCAAGCGCUGCUAGUAUUGGCAGCACUUUGCACUGCUGCCACCGCCCAGUACGAACGUCACUACGCUGUACUGUACGAUCAGCAGAUCAGGAGCGCCUGUUACGACGCCGACGGCCGUGCUCAGCGGUGCAUCCCCGAGUUUGUGAACGCCGCGUUCAACGUAAAGGUGGAGGCUACGAACACGUGCGGCCUGAAUCGUUCGGAACCCACGAGGUUCUGCCCGCAGACGGACGUUCCCGGGACGACGAAAACGUGCGAGGAGUGUAGUGCCUAUAUCAGGGGACGAGAGCAUCCGCCGGAGUACCUCACUGACUUACACAACAACGAGAAUGUGACCUGGUGGCAGAGUGAGACCAUGCUGGAUGGUGUACAAUAUCCGAACCAAGUGAAUCUCACCUUGAAUCUCGGACGGGCAUUCGACAUCACCUACAUCCGUUUGAAGUUCCACUCUAUGCGACCGGAAAGCUUCGCCAUUUACAAGCGGACGACAGAGGACGGGCCCUGGGUGCCGUACCACUACUACAGUUCUACUUGUCUGCAGACGUACGGAAUCAAGAGCGGAGGACACAUCAACCGGGACGACGAGACGCGUGCCCUCUGCACGGCCGAGUACACGGCCCUGGUUCCCCUCACGGGAGGCAACGUCGCCUUCUCCACGUUAGAAGGGCGACCGUCUGCCUUUCACUUCGAAACCAGUUCGGUGCUUCAGGAAUGGGUGACUGCUACUUCGAUUCGCAUAGUUCUCACCCGUCUGAACACUUUCGGCGACGAGAUCUUCGGGGACAAGCAGGUACUGCGUUCUUACUACUACGCCAUUUCGGACUUUGCCGUCGGCGGAAGGUGCAAGUGCAAUGGGCACGCUAUGGCGUGCGACCCCAGCUCGGGAGAUGGUCGCCAGCAGGUGUGCCGGUGCGAACACUUCACCGACGGUCCCAACUGCGAGCGCUGCCUCAGCUCGUACAACGAUCAGCCCUGGGGAAGUGCUACCAACAUAGACGCCCACGAAUGCAAACCUUGCAACUGCAACGGCCGGUCCAACAAGUGCUACUUCGACCAGGACCUGUACGACCGCACGGGCCACGGCGGCCACUGCACAGAUUGUGCAGACAACACAGAUGGCCCCAACUGUGAAAGGUGCAAGCUGAACUACUAUCAGCGUUUCGAUGGACGCUGUGUAGCCUGUGGAUGCAACGAACUGGGUUCCAGGAGUUUGCAGUGCAACAGCAAGGGACAAUGUCCGUGCAAGUCGGGCGUCGAAGGUCAGCGUUGUGACCGGUGUGCGCCGAACCACUACGACUUCUCAGAACAAGGCUGCAGGCCGUGCGGCUGCAGUGCAGCGGGCAGUACCGAGAGCCCCCCAUCCUGCGAUCCCGAGACAGGAGAGUGCCGCUGCAAGGCAAACGUCGAAGGUCGCCAGUGUGACCGGUGCAAGCCGGGAUACUUUGACGUCCAGCACGACAACGAAUUUGGCUGCACGCCGUGCUUCUGCUUCGGACACUCGUCCGUGUGCCAGAGUGCACGUGGUUACUCGAAGUACAGCAUUAGCAGCACCUUCAGCAGAGAUAGGGAACGCUGGAGAGCCCUAGACUUCCACGGAAGGGACGUCGCGACGCGACACGAAUAUUCGGCCCACCACCUGGCUGUAGCAGCACCUGGAAACGAACCUGUGUAUUUUGUUGCUCCAGACCGUUACUUGGGCGACCAACGUUCAUCCUACCAUCAGAAUCUAACUUUUACUCUUCGUAUCGGAGAAGAUGGACCACGAUCUUCCGUAGAGGACAUCGUCUUGGAAGGGGCCCAUAUGACAGUGUCUCAACCAAUCUUUGGUCAAGGCAAUCAUUUACCCUCUAUUCGAAACCAGGAAUACCGUUUCACACUGCACGAGGACCCACGCUACGGCUGGACCCCAAGACUUAGUGCUCAAGACUUCAUUAGCGUGCUGGCCAAUCUGACCUCCAUAAAGAUCAAAGCUACGUACGUGCCAAGAGGUACCGGGUUCAUCGACAACAUCCACCUCCAGUCUGCACAGAGGACAGCUUAUGGUGUGGAAGCCUCUUGGAUUGAGAUGUGCACCUGUCCCGAGGGUUACGUGGGCCAGUUCUGCGAAUCCUGCGCGCCGGGGUAUCGUCACGACCCCCCUGGUGGGGGACGUUUCUCGCGCUGCGUGCCUUGUAAUUGUAACAAGCACGCACUGAUAUGUGAGCCCGACACAGGCCACUGCAUCUGCCAGCAUAACACAGCGGGCGAAUUCUGUGAAAGGUGCGCACCUCGUUUUUACGGGAACGCGCUGGUGGGUACUCCCGAUGACUGUAAGCCUUGCCCGUGUCCUGAUCAGGGGGCCUGUGCGGUGCUCCCAGAUGAAAGCGUCGUCUGUCUCGAGUGUCCUUCAGGUUAUUCUGGUCGGAGAUGCGACCUGUGCUUUGACGGCCACUAUGGCGACCCUCUCGGCAUCAGCGGCCCAUCUCGACCGUGCAAGAAAUGUGACUGUAAUGGAAACGUGGAUCCAAAUGCUGUUGCAAAUUGCAACACGACAACUGGAGAGUGCCUCAAAUGCAUUUACAACACGGCCGGUUACAACUGUGAACGCUGUCUCCCAGGCCAUUACGGUGACGCCCUGGCACAGACAAAGGGCGACUGCAAGGCAUGCGGUUGUAACAGCCUGGGCACAGUCGCUGACGCUCAACGCUCAACGCCCGAAUGCGAUCCUCUAAACGGCCAGUGUCGCUGCAAGGCAAACGUGAUUGGUCGCCAGUGCGACCAGUGCCGCGAUGGCACCUGGAACCUCGUGAGCAAUGAGGGCUGCGAAUCUUGUGACUGCAGCGUGAUUGGAUCGCUGAACCACACUUGCGACGCUCGCACCGGGCAGUGCUAUUGCCGCCCUGGUGUCACUGGCAAGCACUGCGACCAGUGCCUUCCGUACCACUAUGGGUUCUCUGCUGACGGAUGUUCUCAGUGUGACUGUGACUCGGUGGGCUCCCUGUCUCACCAGUGUGCUCCCGAUGGACAGUGUGACUGCCGGCCGAACGUGGAAGGUCGCCGAUGUGAACGCUGCAAGGAGAACAAGUACGACAAAGAGGCUGGAUGCAUUGACUGCCCCACUUGCUACAACUUGGUGCAAGAUGCAGUCAAUGAACAUCGAGAGAAACUGGCAGAACUUUCUAACCUGCUUGACAAAGUGAGGAAUAACCCGGACAUCCAGAUGAGUGACGAUUUUAUGAAGAAGCUCGAAGAAGUAAUGGUGAUCGUGGACACACUCUGGAGAGAUGCUAAGCAGGCGUCAGUGACAGACGACAGCCUCGUUGAGAAGCUUGAUGACCUUGUGCGGAGGAUCAAGAAGGUGCAAGAGACAGCUCAGAAGAUAGCAGUCGAAAUAACGGUCGCAGACAAUGCAGUGGCUAGAGGCGAUCGCAACCUUACCGAAGCAGAGGACGUGAUUGAACGUAUCCGAGGUAUUCUCUCUCAAGCCAGACGGUUCUUGGAAGACGAGGGCCGCGAUGCCCUGCGGAAUGCCAUGGAAAGGUCGGACCGCUAUGGGCAGCAGUCCGAAAUGAUGUCGCAGAUCGCACGUGAGGCUCGGCGCCUCAGUGACGACCACGAGAAAGAUGCUAAAGAGAUUCAAAGCCUUGCUCAGGACGCCCGCAACACGUCAAGUGAGGCACAGCGGAUUGCAGCUGCGGCACAGGACAUGCAGGAUCAGACGGAAGAUGAAAUUAAGUUACUCAGACGCAGAAUGAAUCAAGUAAAGGACCUAAUGGAACGUACAAAGGAAAUGGCAAACGAGGCCAAGGCAGAAGCCUUUAAAGCACACGACGAUGCAAUUCAGGUGUUAACCGACACAAACUCGAUUCAGCUGCCAGACAUCGACCAUGAAGACUUGAAGAAUCAAGCUCAGGACAUUAUUGAUGAUGCCAGAAGAAUUCAGAAGGAGGCUGAUGAUCUCAUGGAAAGGCACAGAGAUAUUGUUGAAAGCAUUGAACCACAGCGGGAAGAUGCGGAGGGACUGCUUGCAGAAGCUGAACACCAGCAGCAAAUUACAGAUGGGCUCCUCGCUGCUACGGACGCUGCCCUGCAGAAGUCGAAGGAGGCAGUCGAGAGCGGCGAAAGGAUCUUGAAAGAAGCGCAAAACACUCUGCAGACUCUCAAAGCAUUUGACGAGAACGUAAAGAAGAGCAAAGAGAAGGCCAUGGAAGCCUUGGACCGCAUCCCAGAGAUCACCGACUUCAUUGAGGAUGCAGAGAACCGAACUGGAGAAGCUCGGGAGGCACUUGAGGACGCAGAAGACGAUGCUCACAGUGCUCGGGACAUAGCGCAAGAAGCUGAGCGUAUUGCUGAACAGGCAUCCCGGGAUGCCAAUCAUGUGAAGAACGAAGCUGACCGAUCGAAGGACACGGCUAGCGCCUUGCGCGAAGAUGCAGACCACGUGGCAGCUCAAGUGGACGACACUGACAAGCGCAUGAAAGAAUAUGAAAACCAGGCUAAGGAUGAUGAAGCCCUUGCCAAAGCGGCAUCAGAAAAGGCAAAUGAGGCCCGCACAGGAGCGACGGAAGCAUACGAUAAAGCGAGGGCUGCCUUGGACACAGUAAACGGUAUCAUAGCUGCUCUAGAAAAUGUGGACGAUGUAGACACCGGUGACCUUAACAGGCUCGAAGAGCGCCUCAGACAAGCAGAGCGAGACAUGGCACAAGCUCGCCUCGAUGACCGUGUUGCCGAGCUCCAGAAUGCACGCGAGAUGCAGCUGGGCUGGAUGAGAGAUUACGAAGACGAGAUCAACAAGCUCAAGAAGGAUGUCGCUAACGUAAAGGACAUCAGCGAAUCCCUGCCUGAAGGUUGCUUCCGCAGGAUAAGGUUAGAGCCCUGAACAUCUCGGGGCUCCCUUUUCCUUGUGAUGUCUCUAGAAGAAAAGAUAUUAUGAGUUGCUCUUUUACUAAAAGUGGCAGAGUGAUGAUCACCCUUCUGUAGAAGAAAUGUACGUAUUCGAGAAUCUAAGUUAUUUUUGUCGUUCGCUGGUCAAACUACCUCAGCGAUGCCCAGCAAUAUAUUUUUUCGAUGGGCUGGCUCUAUGCAGUAAAUUGUUUUCCUAAUGUAUACCUUUAUGGCCCACAAAAAACAUUUCUUUGCCAGCCAAAAAUUAUUUUGGGUGCGUGACAGGUAAAGAGUGGUGUUUAUGCUUGACGUCUCCAAAGUGUACGCCAAAGAAAAUGUACAUGAUACCUGCUGCAGGCCAUCUAGUGAGACGACUCCAGUUCUUGUUGCUCCGUUGCGGCUUUUAUCGCGACGACUGAUGAAUUAAACGACACUAGUGCGCUAUUUAGUUUGAGGCCACUCUUCUCCGCUGUGGAGACAAACUAUUCUAACGGGGGACACUGACAUAAACAUCUUGCAGUCCACGUAGCGUUGUGGUACGACGGGAAUCUCGUACUUCACUAGUAAAUGUUGUAAAAUUAGGGUCCGACAUCCUCAAGCAAUGUUGGCGAGAGAUUAAUAUUCUACCAGCUGGUUCCAUCACUCACACACACAAACACAUCAAAUGAAGCUCUCAAACUGCCAUUACUUUUAACGUGAAGUUAUGAUUGGACAUGCAGGGAAGCAUGCUUCUACAUAUAUGGGGACCACUGCAAAAUAACAUAGGCAUUAUAUAGUUACAGUGAAAACGUAGCACUAGCGGAACGUGCCUGCUCCCACUGUUUGUCUAAUUUUUAUAUAUACCAUAUAGGUUUUGCUUAUGACAUUUUUUUUUUUCCUCCCUUUCAUGUGUUGAUUGCGCAUCGUACAUUUCAUCCGUCAAAUCGCUCUUUUUUGCUCCUCAUCCGAGUGGAAGUCUAAAUCCAGCCACAUCAUGCUGUACUUCUUUGUUCACUCAUGUUUGAAGCCUGCUGUGUGUUGCAGCUUUCUGCAUUUGACGCACUGCCAACAGCUGCAUCUUCAUAUGUGGCUUAUAUUUGUGCAUAGUAGAAAAAUAACACUUGCAUCAGAGUUUGUUGGAAAUGACAUGAAGUUACUAUUGAAAUAAAUUUUUCCGAGCCAA